AUGGCAGAACUUCUUUUAGAUUCGCACAUACGUGUCUGGGUAUUUUUACCCAUCGUCGUUAUAACAUUUUUAGUUGGAAUCGUUCGUCAUUACGUGUCAAUAUUGAUAAGCACACAGAAAAAAGUCGAGUUGCAACAAGUACAAGAUAGUCAGGCAAUAAUUCGUGCAAGAAAUUUAAGAGAAAAUGGUAAAUACAUACCGAAACAAUCGUUUUUAAUGAGAAGGCAUUUUUUCAAUAACGAAGAAGUGGGUUAUUUCAAAACGCAAAAAAGAAAUGCCGUAGCUCAAAAUCCAAUGACGGAUCCUAGCAUGAUGACCGACAUGCUCAAAGGGAAUUUAAUUAACGUUGUCCCAAUGAUAAUGAUAGGAGGUUGGAUCAAUUGGACGUUUUCAGGUUUCGUUACAACCAAAGUACCUUUUCCGUUAACCCUACGUUUCAAAUCCAUGUUGCAAAGGGGAAUAGAAUUAGUAUCAUUGGAUGCUUCAUGGGUAUCAUCUGCUUCUUGGUAUUUUUUAAACGUUUUCGGUUUGAGAAGCAUAUACACGCUUGUUUUGGGUGAAAACAAUGCUGCCGAUCAAACUCAGCAUAUACAAGAGCAAAUGUCUGGAGCUGCUAUGGCCAUGCCAUCUGAUCCAAAAGCUGCUUUUAAAGCAGAAUGGGAAGCGUUGGAACUUGCUGAACAUCAAUAUGGUUUGAAAAAUAUCGAAAAUGAAUUAAUCGGAUCUGUCGGAUUGAAUUACGAUAAUAUGUAUCAUCAAAAUAAUUUAAUCGAACCAAAUAAUUUGAUGUAG